AUUUCAAGAUUACUUGUGCUGAUGAGCCUUGCACGAACGGAGGGACUUGCCAUGAAAUGCCAUUCACUGCUGGAAUUUACAACCAGUUUACCUGUACUUGUCUAUUAGGAUUCAAGGGGACAUUUUGUGAAGUCCCUCCAGCUGGUUACAAAUAUCACGAUGGAUCGUUCUUCAAGUUCUAUGCGACACUUAAAUAUAACUCUGGAGCAGUUACGUCUUGCGAGAUGAACGGAGGCCGCCUGGCCAUGAUCAAAGAUCAAGCUACAGUAGACUUCUUAAAGAAUACGAUUUUUGCGUCUGUGACCAACGUCUAUGUUUGGAUUGGAGUUCGGAAAAUAUCGAAUGUUUGGCAAUAUGCACCAACAGGUUUUUCAAACUGGCAUCCUCCAAUGGAACCUUCAGGAGAUGGUCCCUGUGUGGAGAUGAGGGAAGUUUGGAACUACGAAUGGAACGAUUUACCCUGCAAUUAUAACAAAAAUUUCUUGUGUGAAAUUGUAAUUCCUUAAAAUAUGUUUUGGACAUUACACUAAUAUCUAUGGCGUUAUUCUUUGAUAAGCAGCAUCAGAGUGAUGAAAGAGUUUUAUUCCAACACUUGUCAACAAAAUUACCCUUUUAGAAAUAUAUAAAAAUUAAUGACUUUAGUUCCG